GGGGCCGUUUUCCCGCGCCACGCCCCCUCGUGACGUCACCGCCGGCGGUGGCGCGAGUGACGUCACGUGGCGCUACCGGGAGGUGCUGCCCCGCUCCGCCCCGCGCCCAGCUCGGGGCCGCCGGCAGCAGCGACCAUGGACCUGGUGCUGGAGGUCGCCGACCGCCACCUCCUGACGCCCUACGUGUACCCCACCGGCUGGCCCGAGGAGGAACCCUGCCGGCAGCUCCUCAGCCUCUUCGUCAUCACCAACCUUGGGGCGCUCACCCUCUACCUGCUCUUUGGCACCCUCAGCUACUACUUCAUCUUCGACCACGAGCUCCAGAAGCACCCCAUGUUCCUAGAGAAUCAGGUGCGUCGGGAGAUCGCCUACGCGCUGCGCUCCCUGCCCUGGAUCAGCGUCCCCACCGUCGCCCUCUUCUUCGCCGAGGUGCGGGGCUACAGCAAGCUCUACGACAACAUCGAAGACUCCCCGUACGGCUGGACAGGCGUCUUUCUCAGCAUGCUCUCCUUCCUCUUCUUCACCGACAUGGGCAUCUACUGGAUACACCGAGGCCUCCACCACAAGCUGUUCUAUAAGCGUUUCCACAAGCCCCACCACCUCUGGAAGAUUGCGACGCCCUUCGCCAGCCACGCCUUCCACCCCGUGGACGGCUUCAUGCAGAGCCUGCCCUACCACGUCUACCCCUUCCUCUUCCCCCUGCACAAGAUCACCUACCUGGGCCUCUACAUCUUCGUCAACGUCUGGACCAUCUCCAUCCACGACGGCGACUACCGCGUCCCCCGCCCGCUGCGGCACGUCAUCAACGGCUCGGCCCACCACACCGACCACCACCUCUACUUCGACUACAACUACGGGCAGUACUUCACCCUCUGGGACAAGAUCGGCGGCUCCUACAAAAGCCCCACCUCGUUCGAGGGCAAGGGCCCCCACGACUACCUGCGCAGGCUCCGAGAGAAGGGCCCCGAGCAGCCCAACGGCGCCGCCGACAAAACCGACUAGAUUUUGGCCCAGGCCGGCCGCCGCGGAAAGGGGCCAGGCCUCGUCCUGCUGCUCCCGACCCCCAUCGGACUAAAUUUCCCCAUACAGAGCCCUCAGCUUGCACCAGAGCGACUGACAUGGGUUGAUUUUCGGCACUGACGGGCACCAGGCCUGCGGACGGCUCCCCCCGAACGCUUCAGAGGGGUCUCGCCCGCUCCCGACCUCCCCGUCCCCUCCUCCUGGCACACAGACACCUUGAUGCUAUCGUGCUGCUGCUCCUUCGGCUAACACCUGCCGCAUCCAUGCCCUGCACCAACAUGUGCCCUCCCUGCUCCCCGUGACCCCAAGCGUCAGGUUUUGGGAAGCCUGGCACCCGCCCUGCUCCCACGACGGAGCUCCUCAGCCUCUCUCCGUGCUGCAAAGCUCGCUUAAAACCAUUUCCUUUGCCACCCCCCGGGUCUGUGCAGCGUGCACCGCAACACGAGCACGGCGGUAACGUCGCGGGGUCUCCGGCCGUCCCGCUCCGUGAGCUGCCGCGGAGGCUGCUGAGUCAAAUCGCAUUGAGACAAGAGGCUGGUAACUCCAGGCACUUCAUUCUCCCAUCACAGACACCGAUGUUUCACCCACGUGCCUCUAUUUCACAAAAAAAAAAGCCACCCCUGUCUUUCGCAGCUGCCGUGGGUCCACUCGACAGCUCCGGGUGCCCGGGGAUGUCUUGGCACGGUACCGAGUCUUUGUGACAUGGGGACGGGUGACAAAAGGGCCGGCCUGUAGGACAGGGACAGACUUUGAGCCCCGUGGGCCCUUCGAGCUCCCCGAGGGAACCCAGGAGGACGGGCUGGGGCUGGGGAGCAGGCGGUGGGAGGGAGCCUGGGUUGGUGGCAAGCCCCCCUAACAGCCGACAGGCUUACUUGGAAACCCGACCGCCUGGCCUCGGGGUCAGGGUGGUUGUCAAUAAAUCUCACUUGCCAACCCUGAUGACAUCUC